CAACUAGUCGCGUGUACAAGUCAAAAGGCUGAAGCGUGUCUCAAAUCAGUCAGACCGAACCAUUCCGAACACAACAAGGAGGGGUGGAAGUCCUCGCGAUAAGAUGAUUCCUGUUACCUUUCUUUCGUAAACACAAAGGGAAGUAUGUUGCUUUUAGAGUGUAAUUACUUCAUUAUAUACAAGAUCGUAUAAAUAGUACAGUAACCGUGACCUUAAUUGGCUAGUUGGACCAAACUAAAGCGUACUUCCCCUUCAAAUAGUAAUUUAGAGUGGACUGGAACAUCCUAGAGCCGUUGCUCUGCUUUCACAUUUGACCACCAGCUCUUUAGAGAAAGUCUCACUGCUGAUGGACCGGUAAUGACGGCGUGAAGACGAACGAAAACAAGAGUUCCUGAGUCAAGAUGACGGCCAUUGAGAGCAAAGAGGAGAUCAGCGACACUGACAGUGGGAUCAUAUUGCACUCGGGUCCAGAAAGUCCCACGUCGCCCGUCAAGGACACAAGCACGUACACCAGAGCCCUCAAACUCAAGCAGCAGUCACUGGAGGGUCGUCUGGAGCUCUGCCUGCUGGAACUCAGGAAGCUGUGCAUUCGAGAAGCCGAGCUGACUGGUAAAUUGCCCUCUGACUAUCCUCUUAUGCCUGAUGAGAACCCACCGCAGGUCAGGAGGAGGAUCGGUGCAUCCUUCAAGUUAGACGAAGGUCUAAUCUAUCUGAAAAAAGAGGACUCUGAAUUGCACAGCCUUGAGACGGAGCUGGCUCUCCAGCGACAGAUCUACGAGGCGGCGCGCAAACUCUCGCUGGAGGAGAAGCUCAGCAAGCCUCAGAAGAAGAGCCGCAUGCAGCAGUGCAAGCGCGAGGAGAAUAAGGUGCGUGAGCUGCAGGAGGCCCUAUUCCAGUGUAGGAACAGGAGUGAGUGCAGCUCUCCGUGCAUCGGUGAGGCCACUGCUAAAAGCAAAGAUUUGAACAUGUCUGACGACAGCUCGCUGUCUGAUGUGGUGGCCCUAGAUGAAGAUGUGGACUCCCUCGGUCCUGCCUUUGCGCCAGUCUCCAACCUGCGGAUGUCCAAUGUGGAGUACGAGCGCUCUCCCAUCCAGAAUUCUCCCUGGAAGGAGUCCAGUCUGGACCAGCCUUAUCUCAAGGCUGCAAAACCUCAGCCUGCUGGCAGCAGCAGCUCCAGCAGUACAACGGGAGCGCAGGUCUCGGCAGACUCCAACAGAAUUCCUCUCUCGCAGUUCAUUAAGAAUUCUGCGCUGCGGCACAGUCACUCCGCCAGUGCCCCCACCACACCAGAGCUGCAUGUGCGCCGACAAUACUCCCAGUCCUUCAGAUUUCCCAAAAAUAAGCCAUUUGCUGACAAAGAGUGCCCCAGCUCAGCGUCUCUGAGAGUGCGAUCCCGCCUGCCGCAGCGACGUUGCGUUGCCGACUUCCUGGUGCUCUCCCCGGAGUCCUCCUCCUUGCGGGCGUACCAGUCCAGCUCGGAGGACAGCAGCUCCGAGCACUCCACCUCCUCCUACAUGCCAGGCCAGGAUGUGCCCACGGAGAUCCCCAAGCUCUCCCCUCCACCGUACGGCUUCCACUCGGCAGCACCCAAGAAGGUGCCACUAGGUUGCGGGAACGCGCCACUCCUCUCACCUCAGGAUUCGAGCAAGCACUUGGUGUCGCAAAGACCAUGGCAAGAGGGCACGGCUUCUGAAAGGAAGAUGCUCAAGCUCCCACCCCCUUACACAAGGGUGAUGCGGACGCCCUCGCUGAAGGAGUACCCUAGCAUCAUGCCCAAGGAGGUGGUGUCAGAGGAGCUCAAGUCCUGGCGCCAGCGCAGUCAGAGCCACAACUUGGUCCGAGGCUGUGAGGAGCUGCAAAGUCCACUGGGAGCCAAGAGCCCCACUUUACUGCACAUGCCGCCAUUUAAUCAGGGUUCAGGUAAUUUGGUUCUCCAGAGAGCUGCAGACGGGACCCCAGUCCAGUGGUUUGUGGCGGAGGACCAUGAAAUAGUGAGCCAGGUGUAGCUCACCUUGAAUAACGCCUUUUAGUCUUUGUAUGAUCUUUGCUAGCUAGCCCUUUCUAUCGUUCCUAUUUAAGUCUGUAUUUAUUAAGUAUUUGGACUCUUGAGAUUAUCCCGUCUGCAGCAACUGUGCACCCCCAGAUGAGCAUACCUCUCCCUCGUUUGUCAUUUAAAUCUUCACGUCAGGUAUUUAUGUUCAAAUGUUUUCUUUUUUUUUUGGAGAUUGUUCUCCGGUUUGGCACUCAUAAUGUUUUCUGCAGAACUCGUACAAUUUGCACACAAAAUGUUCACCAAGCAUUCCUAAUAUAACAUGUUUCUAUUUAUCAUCUAUUUGAAGGUUGUUGUUCGUGCCUACUUAAGACUACUACAGGGUUGACAUAAAUGCAUUGGUUUGUGUGUCACAUAUCGUUCAAAUGUAACAUGGAGUAUGUUGAAUUGGAAGAUUUAUUAUUCCUCACUGAUGACUUUGAAGGUGCUUUGAUGACUGUUGUUCUUGCAGAAUGCCGUUAGACUAACCAGAUCGUUGUAAUUAUUUUCUAUAUUUAUUUAGUAAAGAAUGUACAACUUAA